UCUUUUUACCGCACGCAUGGAUCAUCACUCAAGAAUAAUGUUGCUGCUAGUUUUAUUCCUGUCAGUGCUCACGAAUGGUAGUGCAGUAGUAGUAAGCCAAAAGACCAGUUAUGAGGACUCAAGUACCACCAAACCGCUUUACAAGCGUAUUCCUCCAAGUGCCCCACAUCCAAUCAUUAAUCCUCCACUCCUUCGGCGACCUCCCAAGUCCUUACAUAAAAAAAAUUUGCCUUUGCCACCCGUUGCAGUUUCAGGUAAAGCAACAACAACAAAGAAUGUUGAAGAUGUGAAGAACCAUAAUGAUCAUCUUGUCUCAAAUGACAAACAUUGACGCCA